GAGAUGCUAAAACAGAACAAAAACCUGGUGAGAAAAAGAGAGGAGUGAAGAGACCACGUGAAGACCAUGGCCGUGGAUAUUUUGAGUACAUUGAGGAAAAUAAGUACAGCAGGGCUAAGUCCCCUCAACCACCUGUUGAAGAAGAGGAUGAACAUUUUGAUGACACAGUGGUUUGUCUUGAUACUUAUAACUGUGACCUGCAUUUUAAAAUCUCAAGAGACCGCUUUAGCGCUUCCUCUCUGACCAUGGAAAGCUUUGCCUUCCUUUGGGCUGGAGGAAGAGCCUCCUAUGGAGUUUCUAAAGGCAAAGUCUGCUUUGAGAUGAAGGUUACAGAAAAGAUUCCAGUUAAACACCUGUAUACAAAAGACAUUGACAUACAUGAAGUGCGAGUUGGCUGGUCACUGAACGCAAGUGGGAUGUUGCUUGGUGAAGAAGAAUUUUCUUAUGGGUAUUCUCUAAAAGGAAUAAAGACAUGCAAUUGUGAGACUGAAGACUUUGGUGAGAAGUUUGAUGAAAAUGAUGUGAUUGGGUGUUUUGCUAAUUUUGAUGGUGAUGAAGUGGAACUCUCAUAUUCCAAGAAUGGACAAGAGCUUGGUGUUGCAUUCAAAAUAAACAAGGAAGUUCUUGAUGGGCGGCCACUCUUCCCACAUGUUCUCUGCCAUAACUGUGCAGUUGAGUUCAACUUCGGUCAGAAGGAGGAACCUUACUUUCCUGUACCAGAAGAGUACACUUUCAUCCAGAAGGUCCCCUUGGAGGAUAGGGUCCGAGGACCAAAGGGACCUGAGCAAAAGAAAGACUGUGAGGUGGUGAUGAUGAUUGGCUUGCCUGGAGCUGGCAAGACUACAUGGGUUACCAAACAUGCAGCAGCAAAUCCUGGGAAAUACAACAUUCUUGGGACAAACACUAUUAUGGACAAAAUGAUGGUGGCAGGUUUUAAGCGGCAGAUGGCAGACACUGGUAAACUUAACACACUGUUGCAGAGAGCUCCACAGUGUCUUGGAAAGUUCAUUGAGAUUGCAGCUCGUAAGAAGCGGAAUUUCAUUUUGGAUCAGACAAAUGUGUCUGCAGCUGCGCAGAGGAGAAAAAUGUGCCUGUUUGCAGGCUUCCAGCGCAAAGCAGUUGUUGUUUGCCCAAAAGAUGAAGACUACAAGCAAAGAACACAAAAGAAGGCAGAGGUGGAGGGAAAAGAUCUUCCAGAGCAUGCAGUUCUCAAAAUGAAAGGGAACUUCACACUGCCAGAGGUAGCAGAAUGUUUUGAUGAAAUAAUCUAUGUAGAAUUGCAAAAAGAAGAAGCUCAGAAGCUUUUGGAACAAUACAAAGAAGAGAGUAAGAAGUCUCUUCCACCAGAAAAGAAACAGAACACUGGCUCAAAGAAGAACAAGAAGAGCAAUAAAAAUCAGUUUAAUAGGGGUCAGAGAGGACGUGGAGGAUUCAACAUGCGGGGCAACUUCAGAGGAGGAGUCCCUGGCAAUCGUGGUGGAUACAACAGGAGGGGAGGCAACAUGCCUCAGCGAGGUGGUGGAGGUGGUGGUGGUGGCGGUGGCAGCAGUGGCGCAAUUGGCUACCCAUAUCCUCGUGGCCCUGUCUUUCCAAGCAGAGGUGGCUACUCAAACAGAGGAAACUAUAACAGAGGUGGAAUGCCCAACAGGGGAAACUACAACCAGAACUUCAGAGGAAGGGGAAAUAAUCGUGGCUACAAAAACCAAUCUCAGGGCUACAACCAGUGGCAGCAGGGUCAAUUCUGGGGUCAGAAGCCAUGGAGUCAGCAUUAUCACCAAGGAUAUUAUUGAAUACCCAAAUAAAUGAACUGAUACAUAUUUCUCCAAAACCUUCACAAGAAGUCGACUGUUUUCUUUAGUAGGCUAACUUUUUAAACAUUCCACAAGAGGAAGUGCCUGCGGGUUCCUUUUUUAGAAGCUUUGUGGGUUGAUUUUUUUCUUUUCUUUUUUUGUACAUUUUUAAUUGCAGUUUUAAAGUGAUUCGUAAGAGAACCUCAGCAUUGUGCACGAUAAGAGAAUGUGUCAGUAUUUCAGGGUUCUACAUUUUAUCUGUAAAAUGUGACUUUUUUUUUACCACAACAAAAGUAAAACGUUGCUUUGUACCUGGUGUCUUUUUAUUAAAGAAUUUUCUCCUUUUUCCCCAUCCCCCGAUUUCUAAGAAACAGUCGUGAGUCAUGUCACAAUACGAUAGAAAUGUUAGCAACCAGAUUGGCACGGGGGCUCCUCAUUAGCCCUUCGCAACACCAUGAGAUUAUGUAAAGCUCCGAAUUACACUCCACCCUCUCUACAAAGCUGCUGGGUGGGGAGGGGAGGAGUGGGAGGUCAAAGUUUCUGGCAAUAACUAGGACUUUUUUGUAACACUUGGAACUCUGAGAUGUUGGGGGCAAAGAGGAAACCCAGGGCAAAGUAGUGAAGGUGGAGUGUAUGUAGAAGCUCUUAAAGUUGUAAAACUUGGUUGCAUUAUUUGUGGAGGCUCAAACUUGUGAAGGUACAACACCAUAAUUUCUUUUCCAUUUGUUCUGCAUUUUGAUUCUGAAAAGAAGCUGGCUUUGCCCAUUUCUUAUUAAACAAAACUUGUUGUAAAUCCAGUUGUCUAAUGGGAUCUAUAUGAAGUUAGCUGUGUGUCUGUAUAACUCUUUCCCCACAAAAUACUGUAUACCUAGUGUGCUUGUAGUAGUUACUCCACCAUUUUGUAAGCUAAUGAAACUGUGAGUCACCCAUUUUCUAUCUAAUUUUUAAUCAUGUCAAUUCUCAAAUGGGUGUAUCUCCUUAGCCUGCUGAUUCUUUUUAAAGAAAGUGGGUGGAGAAAUUUAACUCUAGACGUUUGUUUGCAAUAAAAUAAAUUCAUUUUACUCUUGUUUUGGGAUUGUUGCCAUCAAGGUCUAAAAUCCCUUUAAGGCUAUAAAGAGGAAGAGAAUGUACGAAAGCAAUGAUGUUGGACAGUUUUGAACUCAUUACUGUGUACAUGCUGAAAUACUUGUGUUUCUUUAAAAAUCUAAAUGGUGGUUGCUCUGUUA